AUGCUGUUCCCGCAAAAUUGCCCUAAUUCUCCACUGCCAGUACGCUCGAUUCGCAUGAUGUCCUCCACCACUUCUCACGUAGUUCCACCAGUUUCUAUUCCGUACAAAGAACUUAAGGAUCAGAAUGCUGAUUUGUCAAAGAAAAUCGAACAGGGGUUUGGGCCAAAUGGUCUCGGAAUUAUAUCCAUAUCAUCUGUCCCUGGGUAUGCUUCCUUGCGCCAGAAUCUUCUCCAUCUUGCACCCAGAUUAGCAAGCCUUCCAGAAGAGGUGAAGAGGGGGUUAGAAGACCCUAAUAGCAGGUACAACUUUGGAUGGAGUCAUGGCAAAGAGAAGCUCGAGUCUGGAAAACCAGAUUUGUUGAAAGGAUCCUUUUAUGCAAAUCCAGUAUGUGACCUUCCUACAGAUGAUGCAUCGCUUAUCAGACGGUACCCCUCCUACUGUGGACAAAAUAUAUGGCCUCAGGAUGCUUUACCAGAACUUGAGUUGGCUUUCAAAGCUCUGGGAAAACUGAUUCUGGAUGUUGGCUUGCUGUUGGCAUAUCACUGUGAUGGUUACGUAUCUGAAGGGCUGAAGCACGAUGAUGAAGGUCUUCAACAAAUUCUUCUUCGGUCCCGAUGUCAUAAAGGUCGCUUGCUUUAUUAUUUUCCUGCCCUUCAAAGUGGCUAUGCUGAAGAUGGAAAUGCAAUGUCAUCAUGGUGUGGAUGGCAUACAGAUCAUGGUUCACUCACCGGUCUUACAUGUGCCAUGUUUAUGAGAGAUGGUGUAGAAUUACCUUGCCCUGAUAGUGCUGCUGGCCUUUAUGUGAAAACGCGCUCCAGUGAAAUAGUCAAAGUGGUGUAUGGGGAAGAUGAAAUAGCAUACCAGAUUGGUGAAACAACAGAGAUAUUGUCAAGAGGUCGGCUUUGUGCGACACCACAUUGCGUCCGAGCACCAAAAGGGGAGGCAGCAUCUGGAGUUGACCGUUCGACAUUUGCAUUAUUCAUGCAGCCUGAUUGGGAUGAGAAGCUCAAUUUUCCAGAUGUGGUGAAUAUUCACCAGGAGUUUCUCCAGCCUAAUGGAUCUCUGUCCUUCGGAGAGUACACAGAAAAGCUACUCGACAAGUACUAUAACCUUAAAUCUUAA